GCCGCCACCGGAAGCGCUGCACAAAGCCGAGGCUGCAAAGUGCGUCACAGCGCGGAGCUGCGGAGAAGCGCCGGAGCAGCCUGCAGUCCCGCACCGACAGCCCCGCAUCCUCCUCUCCGCCUGCCUGAAACCUGACCCGAGGGAGUGUUUUCCUCCUCCUCGUCCAUCCAGCAUGGUGAAGAUCGCCUUUAACUCCGCCGUGGCGCAGAAGGCGCUGGGGAAGGAGGCGCCGGCCGCCGUGAAGGACCCUGAGCUGGCCUCUGCUCCGGUGGGCUCGGAGGGCUCCACAGGUCGCUGCCUGCUCACCCUGCUCGGCAUCGCCUUCAUCCUCAGCGGGCUCAUCGUGGGGGGAGCAUGCCUCUAUCGAUACUUCACCCCCAAGAGGCUGUAUCAUGGCGCCAUGGAGUUCGGAGACAUGUCGGCCAGCGGGGAGAGUCAGCCCUACUAUCUGCCGCGGGUGGAGGAGGAGGUGGAGAUCUCCGACAGCAUGGCGGUCAUCAGCGUCCCGCCUCCCCGCUUCAGGGCCGGAGACCCCGCCUACAUCCUCCACGACUUCAACAGGAAGCUGACGGCCUACCUGGACCUGACCCUGAGGACCUGCUUCGUCAUCCCUCUGAACACCUCGGUGGUGCUGCUCCCCCAGGACCUGAUCGACCUCUUCUCCCAGCUCAUGUCUGACUCGUACCGCAGCUACCUGGUGCACGAGGACCUGGUGGUGACGGAGCGCAUCGACGAUAUCAAGCCUCUGGGCUUCUACAUUCGCCGACUCUGCGACGGGAAGGAAACGUACCGGAUGCAGCGCCGCAGCAGCCUUCCAGGCGGAGGCGUCCAGAAGCGCUCGGCUGACGACUGCUUCACCAUCCAUCACUUCGAAAACAAGUUUGUGACGGAGACCAAGAUCUGCAAGGCCUGAUGGGAAGCGUGUGAGCAGAAGUCAGAGAGAGUGAGAGAGAGAGUGAGUGGCUGAGUGACAGAGAGAGAGAGAGAGAGAGAGAGAGAGAGAGAGAGAGAGAGUGGGAGUGGGCGAAGGAUGGGACAACUUUCAGCAGAAAGUUAACUUUUUUUGUA